UCCAUCUUCUUCCCCAUUUCUGUUCCACUGUUCACCUAAAACCCCAAUCCUUAAACCCUAAAAAGAAAAUUUGAUUCUCAACCCUAAAUGGCUCGAUUAAUUCGAACUGCUCGAAGUGCGCUGCGAUUGUCUUCUUCUUGUUCAUGCAAAACCCUAAUCAAUGGCAUUCAACGCCACCCAAAUCCUUCGCUGCAAGUGCAGAAAGCGAUCUCAACCUCUCUCUUCCAAAACAGACCUUACGCUUCUGAAACGCUUCCCAAGUCGCCCAUGGAAGCUAACAUCCUUAGAAUCCUCAGAAACGAGGAGGAGUACCAGUCCGAGUAUGCUCCUCCUGAACAGCCUCCUACAAAAUUCAAUUCGUUUACGGUGCAAGAUCGGCCAGGUGAGCUGUGGAUGACAAUGAGAGGAAAAUUUGGAGACACUGAGGAUAUUAAAAUUGAAGUUACUAUGUUUGAUGGGUAUGAAACGGUUCCCAAGACUGGAGAUGACAGUUCUGGGGAAGACGUGCGUCUUCACCUCAGUAUGAUUGUUGAUAUUUCCCGGGGGGAUGGCUCCAAUGAUUUGGAGUUUCUGUGCUCUGCCUGGCCGGACCGUCUAGAGGUUCAGAAAGUUUAUGUUCUCGAUCGUUAUAGAAUGCCCGCUAAGCCAUAUAUGGGACCUGAUUUCAGGAGUUUGAAGAGAACGAUUCAAAAGAGGUUUAUUGAGUAUUUGGAAGCAAGGGGAGUGGAUGAUGAGCUUUCUGUUUUCCUGCAUCAAUAUAUGGCGAACAAGGACAGAAUAGAACUUAUCAAAUGGUUGGGAAAGGUCAAGUCGUUUCUGGAAAAAUAGAACGGUACAUGUCUAAUACCUCUUCCCUCGAUUUAGAUUUGUGGUGAUUCAUUCGUUCCUCUUCCCUGAAAAAAUUUGUCAUUGAUUGGAAAGAAGGUUCUGCCUAAGUUAUGCUUUAUAUUAUAUGCAAGCAUGCCUUCAAAAUCAUAGAUUUACAAUGUAAUAUUUAUUCAGGUCAGCAACUCUGUCUGUCUUAUAACUUUGAGAUGCUUCUGAUUGUAUGAAUUACUCCAAGCAAAGUGAUGGGAAAUUAGGAUUUGUGAUGGUAUGCAGAUCUUUGUUUGCUGAUUUCCAUUAGCUAAGCUGAAAAUGAAGUUUGACACAGACAAGGGCUAUCAGCUAUAUGCGUCCUGAAAGUCUUACUUCAAUAGAAACUCAAAAUCUCUUGAUGAAUAAAAUUGACGGAAAAAAAGUUGGUGCCUCUAGUAUUAUUGUUGAAGUAUUGUGUCUCGUAACAGUGGAAUUGGUAAUGUCAUGAGCUCGGUUCAAACCUCAAAACAUAUUUUUAUUACUCAUCGCCAUUAGUCCUCCAUCGCCCUUGUUUGAAACAUGAUUGUUUGAAGGUGUCUGUGGAUCAAUUUUUGGGGAACUAGGGUGGUUGGUUUGAAUUAUUAAAAAAAAAAA